AUGGCCAUUGUUCAUGUUCUUGGAUCAUCAUCCAUAAUUUUCUAUCUUCUUCUCGUCAAUUUUUCGACAUCGAGCUCGAUUUCUCAGUCCGAAGCUCUUCUCAAGCUCAAGAACUCGUUCGUGAACACAACCGCGCUCGACUCAUGGAAGCCUGGGACCGAGCCGUGCAGUCGAGGCCGAGAAUGGGCUUGUGUUGUGUGCGUCGACGGCACGGCUGCCGGGCUCCGGCUCGGGCAUUUGGGUCUAUUGGGUACGAUAAACGUCGAUGCAUUGGUUUCCCUACCUAAAUUACGUCUUGUCAGCUUCGUGUCGAAUGGGUUUUCCGGGCCGAUCCCCAAUUUUCAUCGGAUGGGGAAUUUGAGAGGGCUGUUCCUGUCGAGGAACCAGUUCUCCGGCGAGAUCCCGUCGGAUUAUUUCGCCGGAUUGAGCAGGUUGAAGAAGGUUUGGCUAUCGGGGAAUGGGUUUUCCGGCUCGGUUCCAUCCUCGCUCAGUGAUUUGUCCGAUCUGACGGAAUUGCAUCUCGAAGACAAUCAGUUUUCGGGGGUGAUUCCUCGGCUGACCCAGCCGGGUUUGGUUUCGUUGAACAUCUCGAACAAUAAGUUGGAGGGCGAAAUCCCGUCGACCAUGCUGAAGUUCAGCUUGGAUUCGUUCAACGGGAAUCCCGGGUUGUGCGGCGAGAGUCUCGGCACGGUCUGCAGGCUUUCAUCGUCGUCGCCGACGCCGAACGGGGGGAAACAGAGUUCAUCGCAGCUGGAGUUUCUAUGGGCGCUGAUGCCCGCCGGAAUAGUUUUCGCAGGAAUGAUAGUCGGGAUAGUUACGCUGAAGCGAAGGAACAGGGAACAACAGAUGCUCGCCGAGAACUCGCUUAACCAGCGACCGUCAUUGGUGACAAACGACGAACAACAUAAUCCAAGCACGGCCGUGAGAAGGUCAGGCCGGAAGGAAUCAACGAAUGUCAGGAGUGAUAUAGUGAUGGUACGCGACGGCGCGGGCGAGUUUAAAAUGAGCGAUCUGAUGAGAGCAACGGCGGAGAUGCUCGGGAAUGGAUCACUCGGGUGUUCCUACAAGGUGACAACGGCGAACGGGACGACAGUGGUGGUUAAACGGACGAGAGAGAUGAACGAAAUGGACAGGGAACAGUUCGACGCAGCGAUGAAGAGACUCGGGAGUUUAAGCCACAGCAACGUGUUGUCGCCGUUGGCUUACUUCUACCGUCACGACGAGAAGCUUUUGAUCUCCGAGCAUAGGCCCGGAGGGAGCUUACGCUUCGCGUUACACGGGACGAAACUGACGAACGGUAGAAUCGAUUGGUCUGCGAGGUUGAAGAUAGUUCAAGGGAUUGCUAGAGGAUUAGCUUAUCUACAUACUGAGUUUUCUUCACUAGAUUUACCGCAUGGGAACCUCAAGGCAAGCAAUGUGAUUUUAACCUCCGAAAACGAGGCGUUGCUCGCCGACUACGGGUUUAGUUCGAUGGUUGGCAGCAGCGAGGCAAGAGAAAGGCUCGAAGCGUACAAGACGCCCGAGGCUAUCCUGCAACGCAAAGUAUCGCCAAAGUGCGACGUGUACUGCCUAGGGGUGGUUAUGUUAGAGAUUCUUACGGGGAAAGCCCCAAGCCUUGGCGAUGGCGAAGUCGAGGUGGACAUAGUCCGGUGGGCGAGAUCGACCAUCGCUGAGGGGAAGCAGUGUGAUAUAUUCGAUCCGGAGAUCGUUAGUGACGCGAGGUGUAUGCGUGAGAUGGGGGAAGUUCUACGGAUCGGUGUAGCGUGCACGCAAAGUAAUCCGGAUCAAAGAUUAGAUAUUGCGGAAGCUGUAAGGAGGAUAGAGAGCGUACCUGAUGACGACGAUGAUGGAAGUUCUCUGGACAUGGAGACGGCUCAGGCGCUGUCGUUGUAUAGCGACGACUUGACUGUUGUCGGGCGCGGGAGCAACUAUUCAGGGAAAAGCAGUCAUGACAUUGGAGAUCAAUGA